AUCACCCAAACUCCACCAUGUUUCUCAACUCCAAUCUCAUCUCUUUCUCUCCAAUCCCACCCAAAUCAACGGCCAAAACAUGCCUCGAGAUCCCCACCAUGUCGGAGAUCAUGGCCGUAUCCAAAUCUCAAGGCCUUCGGAUCCAGCUGAGAACUUUCGGGCCCUUCUUCAAGAUCAACGCCGCCGGUGAGAAGGGUGACGUGGAGGUCGGCAGGGCAGAAGGCGUAAUUAGGCCGUGGUUUGGGGGCGAAAAGAUACUGCAUUUGGAUUCGAUGAGGAUGAGCCGGGCCACGCUGGACAUGGACCGGUCUUUAUUUGGGCUGGGCCUUUUCCUUGGGGCCGUUUCUGUUCGAUAUGGGUUCGAUUUGGGCUGCAAACGGGCCCAGCUUUUGGCAAUUAAUGACUCCCCACUUUACCACUCCAAACUGGUUCGGUUCUACAGUCGGAUGGGGUUCAAAGUGGUGCAUGAAGUGGAUGGUUCAUCAAUUGGAGACUUGGUUCACAUGCUCGUUUGGGGAGGUCGUGGCACUAGAAUGGAUGCUCAUAUCCAACACCUUCUUGUUAAAUGGUCCAAAAUGUUCAAACCUCCACAUGAUCGUUCUUUGUAUUCGGAGAAAUCAUAACCAAUUAUAUGAUUUAUUUAUUUAUACUAAUCAAUUAUAAUGUUAUAUAUAUAUAGUAUUAGGUUUUUAAAAUUGUAUAUUUUACUUGUAAAAUUACUGAUAA